AUUUUAUUUUAACGUUUUCCGUUUUCGUUUGUGGACAAGGUGGCGUGGCAUCGUGGUUCAUCUUUUUAAUUAAUUGUGACUUUUCUUCAUUUAAUUGUUAAAAACAAUAGCGCAAUUGUUAGUUCUUAGUGUCUUUUAUCAGUAAAUGCAGCAAUGAGUUACGGAAGACCUCCUCCUCGUAUUGAAGGGAUGGUUUCCCUUAAAGUGGACAAUCUCACAUAUCGAACCACACCAGAAGAUCUUCGCCGUGUAUUCGAACGUUGUGGAGAAGUUGGAGACGUCUACAUCCCACGGGAUAGAUUUACAAGGGAGAGUAGAGGGUUUGCUUUUGUUAGGUUUUAUGAUAAACGAGAUGCAGAAGAUGCACUUGAUGCUAUGGAUGGACGUAUGUUGGAUGGGAGGGAGCUCAGGGUUCAAAUGGCAAGAUAUGGAAGGCCAACAUCACCACAUCGAAGACAUGGACGUUCUGGGCGCAGGAGGUCACGAUCCAGAUCACGUAGACGUAGUACUUCUCGCACCAGGAGGCGUCGUUCUGUGAGUCACAGUCGGUCGCCCUCAAGGUCCCGGUCUCGCAGUAACAGCAAAAGCUCCAGAGGACGAUCACCAACUGGUUCAAAUAAGUCUAAUAGCAAGUCUAGAUCCAGAUCAAAAUCUAGAGAUUAAAGUACCAAGUACGGAGUCACAUUUAGCAAACAGACUUCAGUGACAGAAAAGGUACUUUUAAUUUUUUGCUUGUUUGUUUAUAUUAUCACACUUUGCUUUUCAAAAAAAAAAACAUCGUUUCUGAGGGAAAAAUGCUUAUUAUUAAUUAAAUAGAAUCAUCGCAGUUUAGCAUAACAGUUUUAAAUUGAACAGUGUGUUUAUUUACGUUCUUUUUUUAUGCUACUUAUCGUUAGUUUAUUAUUUUGUAAUUUUUAAAAAUUUAAAAUUAGUUAACUCUAUUAACGUUCUCAUUUUGUGUAUUUGAUUUUGUUCUUUUUCAUUAUUGUUAGUUGAAAAAGGAAAUAGUAAUAAUAGAAUUAUUUUUAAAGACUUAUGACGAAUUUAAAUUUUUCAAUACGUAUUUAAAGAGUUGUGUAUUUAAAGGAUCGUCGCGCUUGUAACCACUUUUAUUUUUUAAUUAUAGAUAUAACAAAUCCCUUAAUAAAACUUGAACAAAAUUGUCUUAAUAUGGACUUGAUUGAUUGAAAUUAAAAUUGUCUUUAAAUAGUAAGUUGGAUUAUAUUGGUUAUUUGAUAAGGGACAAAUUUUGUGUUUUAUUUUUUACUUUUUCUUUUUGUUUGUUUUUUUCUUUUUAUGUAAUCAUAAACAGGAAUUUAGCCAGGUUAUUUUUGCAUCAUUGAAGUAACCCAAACAUCUGGUUUGUUAUUAUGGGAUGUGUAAAUAAAAUUUUCUCUUACAUAAUUACUCGAGUAAUAAAAAUGAAAUGAAAUCCUUACUCUCCAAAACUAAUUGAAUCACUUUCAAAGUUUUUAUUUCUUUCAAAGACUCUGCGUUAGUAAUUAAGAGGCUUUCAUUUACUUUUUAUUCAAGAUAAAUAAGUUCUUAUUUAAGUGUCGCAUUGAAAAAACAAUUGAUUUUACUUGUUUGUUAAUUGAAAGGAACUGAUAAAUAGUAAUUGAAUAUGUGUGCGAUUGAUUAAAGUCAAAAAUCUUGAGAAA